AUGCUCAAUGUGGUGCAUGAUAUUGCACAGCACAAGCCACAGGUGGAUGGUCACGUCCAAGAGAUGAUCUGGCUCCAUCAAGUUGAAGAGACAUGCACAGCAAAACUCAGAAGAAGGCUAGAGAUGGACGACCCUGUAGGAUGCAAACGCAUCUUGAACAUCCACGUAUCUUGGAAAUUUCAGCCGGUCACGAAGCUGAGCGGGAAAGAGUUUAAGCGUGUAUGGUGGAUGAUGAUAAUCUACCAUCGUAUCCUCUGGAUCACCGGCGUUCGUCAGUAUGACGUUAACCCGAGUAAUCUCAUGGUUUACCGGACCCAGAGCGGUUUAGUGAUGGGCGCCAUCAACGACUGCGACUUGUCAUCGCCUGAAAAUGGGUCCGGCGGCCACGAGCGCAUAGGAAUGAUACCAUUCAUGGCGAUGGACCUUCUCACAAAGAAAACCAUCGAGGACAAAGCGGAGCCCCUGUAUCCGCACAUUGCUGAAUCAUUCAUCUGGGUCCUCAUCUUGGUCUGUCUUCAGUAUGAGGACGGAAAGCUCCUGAACAAGGACAGACCACUGGAUUGCUGGCUCACAGGGGAUGCUUUGGGUUGCCAGAAGAUGAAACGCGACUGCUUAAAGUUGGCAAUAGAAACCCGAAUAGAAACCCCUCCGCCGCACCAUUUUUCCUUGGAGCUCAAUCUAUUUCUCCUUACCUUAAUCGCCUCAUUUUACGUGGAGGGUCGCGAUCUCGUAUUGGGAGGUGAAUGUAUGUUUCGUACAUGGUUCGAUGCGCAGCUACCAUCGUCAAUACGAUAUGUCAUCCACUCGCCAAGAAGCUCAAAAUAG